AUGGCAAACUUUGACUGGCUCCAGAAGGUCGGCGCCACCAAGGAGGCCGUCGCCGUCCUCAAUGAUCAGCCGUACCUCUUCGUUGACCUGCUUGUCGUUCUCGUCGGUCUUGGCCUGCAGUGCCUGUUAAUUUGGUACAUUCACUAUGCGACUUUGAAGCCCGAGCAGAAGAAAAAGAAGAAGCCCGCCGGCGAUAAUGCCAGCGGCGGGGCGGGACGAAAAUAA